CGUUCCAUCACAAUCCCAUCUCUCGCCGGCUCGACUGAAUCCCGCGAUGGCCGCCGAUGCAUGCAGCAUCAUGUACAACGGCUUGGCAACCGCAUUGCUCUCGUCGCCAUACUUUGAUGCUUGCUCCUACCCCAAGAAAAUCGCGGCGUCCGUGGUUGAUCUAGAUCGCGUUCGAUCCAUCGACUGCGGCAACGUGUACUGCCGGUCGUAUUUCGCCACCUUUAUCGAGUAUGCCAAGAUGCCGACCUUCGCGGACUGUACUCUGACAGAUGAAUCAACAUCGAAGCGGAUUCCUUUCAAGGACUUUGCCGUGGCGUGCCAGUCGGUCCUUCCGACGUCGUCGUCACCUCCCGUCGCCGCACCAUCGUCGCCAAGCAACCCAGCCAGCCAGUCCCCGCUCCCUCCAUUGCCACCACCAACCCUCCCGUCUGUUGUGCAUGACGAAAGCAGCAACAACUCGGUCACGAUCAUUGUCGCCGUCGCGGCCGUCGUUGUCGUCGGCGUCGCCAUUGCCGCGUUCGUGUACAUGCGCACCAGACGUCGACGACCUCCGCAGUCCACCAGUUUCCUCCAUCUCAACGAUCAUGCCGCUGCUAAUCCAGCCUCCGUAGCACUCAAACAACUGUCGUCUACUUGGUCCAACUCGAUCGCCACUGCAGCCUCGACCCACCCCUCUAGAACCAACUACCACCAUCACAGUAGCACACUUGCGUUUCAAUCGACGGGGCUGGACAUGUGCGAGAUAGACAUGUACCGGUUGCCCACCUCCGACGUCCACCUCGUGAAACCACUGGCCCAAGGCGCGUUUGGAGAAGUUUGGGUAGGGGACUACCAAGGUAGCCAGAUUGCCAUCAAGCGACUGCUGCCCACGAAAUCGACGCUGCCCGACGUCCAAAGAUUCAUCUGGGAGAUUAAACUACUCUCCAAAAUCGAGUGCCCGUACGUAGUGCACUUUAUUGGUGUCGCAUGGAACACUCCUGGCGACAUGAUGCUCCUCACCGAGUUUAUGAACGGCGGCGACCUGCGUCAAGUGCUCGAACUUACGCCGACGUCGUUUCAAUGGGUGCACAAGCUCAGGUGUGCACUCAGUGUGGCCGAGGGGCUGGUGUACCUGCACCUAAUGGAUCCUAAGGUGAUUCACCGCGAUUUAAAAUCGCGCAACGUACUGCUCGACUCGGACUUUAACACCAAGCUGACCGACUUUGGCAUUGCAAGGGAGACGGACGACGCCACCAUGACCGCGGGCAUCGGCACGUUCCGGUGGAUGGCGCCAGAAGUGCUUCUGGACGGCCACUACACGGAGAAAGCCGACAUAUUUAGCUUUGGCGUCAUCUUGUCUGAGCUGAGUACGAACAUUGUGCCAUAUUCUGACCUGCGAAACGACAAGGGCAACGCGUAUACGGAUACGGCCAUCAUGGCCAAAGUGAUGAUGGGCGAGCUGAUUCCGACGUUUGCAUCGGAUUGUCCUCGGUGGUACUUGGACGUGGCUACACCGUGCUUGGCGUUAGAUCCGUUGGAACGACCUACAGCUAUGAAGACGGCGUACACUAUUCGAAGACAAGUGGAAGGGUGUAAUUAAUAGUAGUUACUGUAUAAUAAUAACCUGAAG